AUACCGGUUCGUUUCGCCGUCUGUGUCGCGCUCGAUAUUUUCGUGUUGCGUUUUACGUCUGCGUGAGAUUCGUCAUGAUGUCUUCUUGUUCGCGUCGUCGACGUGCGUGAUCCAUACGGUUUCCGACGGUUAUUACAGUGCGCGAGUGAAGUAAUAUUGCAACCCAUACGACUUAUUUGACAAUAUUAUAGAAAUGUCGUCGUCGCUGUUGUAAUAAUAUAAUACUGUGCGCGCGUAAUCCAAACUUGUGCGUCGUAAAAAAUAUCAACGUUAUUAUAAUAUUUAGUAUUUACAUUUCUUACUAUUUGUGCGGGUCAGUCGCGAUCGYGAAAAUGUGGUGGUUUAGCGGCAAUCGCGGUUCGCGGUUCUUGACCGCGGCGGCUUUGCUGGCGSUGGUGGUGCCGUCCGCGGUUCGGUCGUUCGAGGGCUGUCCGGCCGURUGCUCUUGCAAGUGGAAAGGUGGACGACGGACGGUCGAGUGCGCUGACCGCGCGCUGAUCACCGUGCCGACGGGCGUUGACCCGGACACUCAGGUGUUGGACCUGUCCGGAAACAAUCUGCAGAUCCUGCCCAACGAGACGUUUUACAGGGCAGGUCUGAUCAACCUGCAAAAGGCGUACCUGCGCAACUGUCGCAUCGGGCAGAUCGACGAGAGUGCGUUUCGGGGUCUGACCAAUUUGAUCGAGYUGGACCUGUCGAACAACAUGCUCACGUCCGUGCCGUCGUACGUGUUCCGGGACGUGCCGUACCUGCGCGACUUGUCCGUGGCCGGCAACCCCAUACAGAAGAUCGAGGCGCACGCAUUCUCCGGCUGUCCGUCCGUCGUUAAGGUGGACGCGUCCCACUGCGGGCUUCAGUCCGUGGCCGGUCUCGCGUUCGAUGGCAUCGUCAGGCUGGAGACGCUSCGCAUCAACGACAACAGGCUGACCGAGCUGUCGGCCACCGUGCUCGAGUCGCUCAACAAACUCCGGUCCAUCGAGCUGCACGACAACCCGUGGGUGUGUGACUGUCACCUGCGGCCCAUGAAGCUGUGGCUGACCGGAAACAACGUGCCGUACAGUCAACCGGCCCUGUGCUCUGGCGGCCCUGACAGGCUGUCCGGCAAACCGCUCACCGAGCUGGACGUGGAGGACUUCGACUGCCGACCGGACGUGCGUGCCGAGUCUCGGUACGUCGAAGUGACCGAGGGCCAUAACGUGACGGUCCGGUGCCGCGUCGAGCCGGGUUCGAUGGCGCACAUCGCGUGGUAUCUCAACGGCCGUCGGUUGCAGGGUGCCGGUACGCCGGCCAUCGGGUAUCCGGGUGCCGCUUCCGCCAACCCGCGCAUGUUCGUCGUGGACGGCGUGGACGAGGAGGACGGCGGUCGUCGGAGCGAGAUGACGCUGACGGACGUGAGGCGAGAAGACGCGGGCCAGUACUCGUGUCUGGCCGAGAACCGUGCCGGUAACUCCGAGGCCAACUUCACCGUUUACGUGAGCGACCGGCCAUCCGUCAUCAUGUCGACGUUCGGUUCGGCGCACGUGAACGGCGUGGCUGCCGCCAUGGCCGCGCUCAUCGUAUUCAUACUGGUGUUGAUCGCGUUGACCGUGAUGCGGAUCCGGCGGUCCGGAUAUCCGGCCGACACCAAGCCCACUGAGGUGGCCGGAAAUCGCGGUGGCAUYGGUGGUAGCGGCAAACCCAAUACCGGUUCGUUGGCCAUGCACGGUGGCGGAGCAACAAUGGGACGCGGCGGUGGAGGAUACGGAAACGGUGGGAUGUUGACCGGAGGCGGAAAGACCAACCCGGCGCUGGACAUAUCGUCCGUGAUCGAGCGCAACUACGAUCCCGACCUGGAACCCGGACUGGGAUCCGUCUGCACRCCCACGGGAUCGUAUCACGUGGCCGGACUGGACCUGAUACACGAUCACGACGCUUCCCGGCUGGAGAUGUGCGAUUCGCCCAUGUCUUCGACCGCCAAACCUCCACCGUCGUAUUACAGCGGCGGCCGGACMGUGUCCAGUGGCGGAAACGUGCGCCCUUACGACGAUCGGACGCCGAUCAUCGGCACCGGAAGUGCRGGUGACGCGUACAGCGUGGGAACCGGCUCCGACGAAGUGUUUUCGUACAACAGCCAACAGCAGUUGCACUACGGUGGCGGCGGCGGCGGUCAUUACGGUCAUCAACAACAACAAGUCCUCGGCGGCGGUAGCGUCACCAGCGAUUACCCGGCCGACUACGGUCUGCCUAUCAUACCGACCGGCCAUCACCUCAAUCAGUCUUCGACCAAUGUCUCUCAGUACGGUCAUCAUCCGCAGCAGCACCCCCAACAACAACAACAACCACAACACCAUCAGUUCUACAACAACAACCAUCACCCACACCAUCAGCAUCAACAGCAGCAACAGCAACAGGAAUACGUCCAACAGCAACAAGACGCGUCCCAGCAACCGUCGGUGAAGACCCUGCGGGUGUGGCAGAGGGGCGUACCGGUGUUGCCCACCACGCCGUCCCUGCAGAGGUUUGCCAACAGGACUUCGCCAACCACCCCCGGCACCGACGUCUGAGGGUAGAACUCGAUUCGAGUCAUCCUUCCGACACCUUAAGUACACCAUAUUAAUAUUUUGUACUGUAUUACCGUGUUUCGUUUUAUUUAUAACGGCGCGUUUCGUUCCUUUCCGCGUUACUUUUCUACGAAUUUCGUUGUUUUUGUUGUUGUUGUUGUUGUUAUUGAUGUAAUGGUUGUUAUGUUAUUUCUUUUAAUUGAGUGCUCGGCGUGUGACGCUGUACCGCGAUGACCCGAAACGGACGAUUUUUUCCAUCCCGAUAACACCUGGAGUCGCGAC